AUGAAGAAAAUAGAAGAGGUAAUAGGAGAACGGCAAGUACUUUCAGUGGUUUUAAUGAAUUCAUUCAUUGUAUGGGAAUGUAGGAGAUCCCCUAGAGCGAUUCCUUUUUCAAAUGGAGAAAUAAUAGAGCCGAUGAGGGUUACAUUGAAGAACAUGAGCUCAUCGGACCAUAAUGUUCUGUUUUUGGAUACUUCUAGGGAAAAAAUCAAUAGAAAUGGUCGAUUCAUAUUCAACAAUGGUUGGGUUACUAUAGAAGGGAUUGAAGAGGCUGUGGAAUCUGGGUGGGAAUUGCAGUGUGAAGGAACUCCUAUGUUCAAG